UGUCGAGGACCCUCCCCAUUGUAAAUAAAGGGUGACUCCAAUGAUACCGGCCUCUUGUGGAGUUAUUUCAAUCGAUCCUAGUUCUUCUAACUCCAAUGAGAGAGGGCCUAACCCCUUCUACGUAAGACAGUCCCUCCAUCCCCGGGGUCGGCCGAGCGAACUUUCUCUGGAUGACUCCAGCUCCACUUUACUUUCUCUGUCUUCCUGCUGCAAUUGAUGCUGUGCAUAUUUUUAGCCAAACCCUGAGCUCUGAAUGAGACCAGGACGUUCAUACAACCGAGCUGAGGUGCAGAUGAGUUGCUGAGCAAGGAGCGAGGGGCCGAGAGGCCUCAUCCGGUGGCUCACCCUGGGCAUCUGUUGUCACUGCAGGCCCAAGCUGUUGACUGCGUGGGUCGGGGCCCAUGACCUAUCCACGGAGGAAAGCUCCCGGCAGUUUUCCAGGGUUAUUCGAACAAUCCGACACCCCGGCUACAGCCAUAGAACCACCGACAAUGACAUCAUGCUGAUGAAGAUUGCUCCCCCGGUAAAACUCAACGAUAAAAUCCAGCCUGUGCAUCUGCCCAGCUCCUGUGCCAGGAAUGGAAGCCAUUGUCUUGUCUCCGGGUGGGGCAACACCAUGCUCGAUGGGGAGCAGUAUCCAGACCGCUUGCAAUGUCUCGACGUCCCCAUCCUCCCAGACCCCGAGUGUAGGGCCAGCUACGGUGAUAAUGUCACCCCCAACAUGUUCUGUGCCGGAUUCCUGGAAGGUGGAAAAGAAGCAUGCCAGGUCGACUCGGGGGGUCCGCUGGUGUGUGACGGGGUGCAGCAAGGUAUUGUUUCGUGGGGCCUGGACUGCGGGCAACCUGGAUGGACCACCAUUUAUACCAAGCUCUGUAACUACAUCUCCUGGAUCAACGAGACCAUAGCAUCCAACUAACAGCGUCCGCUCACUCUCCGCCAAACACCUGACCUGUAGUCACAUUAAAGACCGACCUCUCUCAUGUA